GUCAGUCACCAUUCACCAGGCUAGUCCCUCACUUGGCAGUUUCAGUGCAGGCUAGUCGAGCUCAGCAAGGGUGCACUAAACCGUGCUUUUCAAGUGACAAAGUCAUGGCGUAAGUUUGUAUCGCAGUGAUCAUAUUGAACAUAUUUGAUUACUGUAAACACUAAACUCACAUAAUGCAGAGGACUUCAGAGCUCAAGGACUCCUCGGAGUUUGGUUGUAGCUGGUAGUAGCAGUGUGUGGAAUGCCAGAAUCCUAUCUACCCAAGCCCUGAUCUACAGUGAGUCAGAACCCUGCGCCUUGGACCUGUAAUUCCUGCCGAGAGUAUCGCCGGUCUCUUCACCGCUCUGACAGACUGCUUUGGGCGUGUCCACUCAUGACUGACCGAUCCUCUGGCGCAGCUCCACUGUGAUAUGAAGGACGGUUGGAAGAGUCACAAACACGCUGGAAUUUUAAUCAUUGCCAUGGCCUCAGGGGAGCUGGACGCAGCAGCGGUCGGUGGCAAGAGUCAGGGGAAGAGGCCACCCGCCAUGGCCCCCGCAGACCGAAAUAGCCACCGGCGCACUCGCAGCUGGGUCCCUUCUGUGUAUGGAAGCCCCACAUCGCCGCCCUGCUGUUCACACCAGGGCACUGCAGCCACCAGACAGAGGAAGGGCUCACUGUCCCCAAUAAGUCCUCCUGCAGGACGGUGCCUUCUCUGUAGACCAGGGAAGUCGACAGCGAACGCACCGGGACACUCGUUUUGUAUUGGGUACACAGAACACGAAAUGAGCGAGAGCGCCACCUCUGGGAAGAGGGUGGAAAGGCCUCAUGGUAAGGGGCAUAGGAGGGCAAGUAACUCGGAGCAGGCAAAGUCUCCAGCAGGCAGUCCUAUAGCCAACUGGGCGUCUUCAUCGCCAUCAUCAUCAUCAUCAUCGCCUGGCAGGCAGCAGCCAUCUGACGGUCUGCCGCUUGGGGAGUUUUCCUCCGACUGUGUCCACGUCAGAGGGGCGGCAUCUGGGUUGAGUGGCUCCACCGGCUCGCUGUGCCAGCUGGACGAUGCCGGGGCAGCCGGGCAGCCGGAUGAGGUCAUGCCAGCCGGCCGUCUGGGGGCGAGGAGGAGCAGUCUGCCCGCGGCGUCACCGCAGCGCGGAACUUUCGCCUCGGCCUUCAACCGGACGGGCGACGGCGGGCUGGGGUUCAGGGCCAACGUCCGCUGCGGCCACUGCCUGAAGAACGGCUACUCCAGCCUGGAGCAUUUGGAGCGUCUGGACGGCCGGCCCCGACCCAAGUGCCUCCUGAAGGCCCACAGCGCGUCUCCCCUGGUGACCUCCGGGAGUGACCGCGACAGCGACGGAGGCGCCGUGUCGGACAGCGAGUUUGUGCGGCAGAAGAGGGAGCGCUCCACCUUCCUGGUGCGGCGGUACCAGAAGAACAACCAGAGGGUCCAGCGCACGGUCUGCCCGGGCGCCAGGACCAUCAUGAGGACCCUGCUGUCGGGUCACAUCUCCAAGGCGGUGUGCGACGCUGCUCGCGAGGAGACCCAGCGGACCAAGCUUCUGGAAGCUUCUCCGGGACGCGAGGCGGCCCUUCUGCUGGUUCACCUACAGGUCUCCAAGGCGCUCCUCAGCUACCCUGGCCGCAGACUUUCACAGCUCGACCAUGCGCUGAUCCCGGACGAGCCCCCAGAUUUGGUUCAUUCAGCAAGGCUGCUGAACGUGCCCAGGGCUGAUGUGUGGGGUCGUUGCCCAGGAGACGUGGGACACACUGUUGAGUUCCGUGCCUGCCUGAGCCGCGCCCGCCUCUACACCAACGUCUGCAGAGCACUGCUGGAGGCCGCUGCCGCCCUCGGAACUCGGAGUGCCAUGCCGGGUGGCACUGCAGGAAUACCGGGAACGCCUGCCAGCUCUGUGGGGCGACCCAUGCAGAAGGAGCGCCAGCUGUGUGCGGGCGUGGCCCAGAGCGUGGGCUCGCUGCUGCCCGGCGGCGUGGUGGGCGCGGCGGCGGGCAUCAGCAAGGAGCUGGCGGAGCUGCGCCACCUGGUGCCCUUCCCCGAGGAGGUGGCCAUCGCGCUGACGGAGCAGGAGCGGCGCCUGUACCGCCGCGUCUUCCCGCUCGACUACCUGUGCCUGCUCACGCGCCAGCUGGGCAGCCCCGAGUGCCCGCCGCGCCACCCGCACCUCCGGGCCUCGCUCUCGGCGCCCGCCGUGCCCGCCGCGGAGAGUGGCGGCGGGGAGGGGCAGCAGAGGAGCGCCCUGGAGGACCUGGUCACACGCUUCAACGAGGUGAGCUCGUGGGUGACGUGGCUGAUCCUGACGGCCGGCUCCAUGGAGGAGAAGCGCGAGGUGUUCUCCUACAUGGUCCACGUGGCCGACUGCUGCUGGAACAUCGGCAACUACAACGCCGUCAUGGAGUUCUUAGCUGGACUCAGGUCGCGUAAGGUCCUGAAGAUGUGGCAGUUCAUGGACCAGGCGGACAUCGAGAGUAUGCGUCGCCUGAAGGACUCCAUGGCGCAGCACGAGUCGUCGUCCGAGUACCGCAAGGUGGUGCACCGCGCGCUCCACAUCCCCGGCUGCAAGGUGGUGCCCUUCUGCGGCGUCUUCCUCAAGGAGCUCAGCGACGCCCUGGACGGAGCCGCCAGCCUCAUCGGCCUCCGCCACACGCUGGAGCCCAAGGAGGACACGGUGGAGUUCGUGUCGGACUACAGCGGUCAGCCCGCCUUCCUGCAGCGCGCCGGCCCCGACGGCCUGCACAGCGCCGAGAAGGAGGCCACGGUCAGCAACAUCCUGCAGACCAUCCGCAGCUGCCACCGCAGCCUGGAGUGCGAGGAGGCGGCGGCCGCGACCGGCGACGGAGACCCGGCGAGCGCCGCCGACAGCCCGGCCUCGCGCCGCAACUCGGUCAAGGACCGCUACAAAAACCCUUUCUCCAUCGGCGACCUCUCGGAUGCCGAGGUCGAAGGUCAGGAGCAGGUCGGGGGGUCGGAGCACUGCGGCGCCGACGGAGACGGCGAGGAGGAGAGCGGCGCCGACCCGCCGGUGGCCCCCGAGGACGCCCACGGCCCGUUCGGCCACGGCACGGAGCUCAUCCCCUGGUACAUGCUGUCCGUCCGCGCCGAGGUGCACCAGUUCCUGCUGCGCGGCGCCACCGUCAUCCACUACGAGCAGGAGAGCCGUCUGAGCGCCCGCUGCUCGCUGCGCCUGCUGCCCGACAACGGCACCCUGGUGUGGGGCCGGCCCCGCAGCGGCGGCGCCUUCCCCGGAGCCAAGGCCUCCGACCCCCUCCAGGCCCCGGGCGCCGGCGGCGGGAGCGGCGGCGGCGGCAGCAGCAGCACCGGGGGCGUGGCGCUGGGCACGGGCCUGACGGAGGGCGCGCUGGACCUGGCCUCGGUGAAGGGGGUGUUCCGCGGGCACCCGGGCGCCGACGUGGCGGCCGUGUGCGCGCUGCACAAGCUGAGCGCGCUGAGCGGCGGGGAGCACGCCGUCUCGCUCCUCCACGGCCACGGCACCACCGACAACCGGCUGCUGCACCUGGUGGCGCCGGGACACACGGCGCGCAUGCUGCACGAGGGCCUCCAGGCGCUGUGUACCGCCGCACGCAGGAUGAGACGCUUCCCUGACCAGCGCCUGCAGUGGCUACGCAGACAAUACAUCAGCCUCUACCAGGAGGAUGGUCGUUGUGAGGGCCCCACACUGGCCCAGGCCAUCGAGCUGUUUGGGGGCCGGCGGUGGAAUGCGGGCGGUGGGGGCACGCUGGGCAGGGGCGGAGACAAGGCGGCGUCUCAGAGGAGCAGCCCACUGGGCAUCAACACCGUCAGCAAGAAGAAGAAGAAGCCACUCAUCAGGGAGAACAGCGGCGAGGGUACGGACGACGAGAUGGUGGUGAGGAAGACGCGCAGCUGUAAGGAGUCGCUGGGCAGGAGAGAGUCCGACACGCCGGAUGGACAUGACCCAGAGGAAACAGAAGACAACAGUGGCCUUCCUGGACCCUUCUCCUUGUCCAAUAAAUGCCAGUCCCCUGGCCCUUCUCUUCCCUCUUCAUCGCCCUCCUCCUCCUCUCCUUCUCCGAGCACCUCCCACCCCACCCGCCCACACUCCUCUCCCAUCAUACCCUGCAGCGCCAAGAAUCAGCCGAGUCCCUGGGCCAGCAGGUCGUGGCAUGGCCGGGGGAAGGACUGCUUCAAGGGCUUCCAGAACAUCAUGAGCUCCGACACCACCAUGAGCUUCGUGGAGUUUGUGGAGCUCUUCAAGUCCUUCAGUAUCCGCAGCCGUAAGGACCUGAAGGAGCUGUUCGACACGUACGCCGUCACCUGCACCCGCUCCGACCCCGACUCGCCCGCCCUCUGCACAAACCUCAAGGUCGAGGACAAGGUCACAGGACAGCAACCGGACCUAGACCUGCUUACACGAAACGGCUCCGACUUGGGCCUCUUCAUCCGCUCGCGCCAACCGUUGCCUGACCAUCAGAAGCAGAUCUCGGACGCCAUCGCGGCAGCCAGCAUCAUGAGCAACGGCACAGGCGUGGAGAACGCCUCGCUCGGCGUGCUCGGCCUGUCCGUCACACAGCUCAGCGACUUCCUCGUCAACUGCCAGGGAGAACACCUCACCCACGAGCAGCUGCUAGGACUGAUUCAGAAAUUUGAACCUUCAGCAAGUAUGCGGCAGAUGGGUUGGAUGUCCUUUGAGGGCUUUGCCAGGUUCCUCAUGGACAAGGACAACUUUGCCUCCAAGCUGGAGGAGUCGGAGGUGAGCCCUGAGGAGCUGCAGCACCCGUUGUCCUUCUACUACAUCGAGUCCUCCCACAACACCUACCUCACCGGCCACCAGCUCAAGGGAGAGUCCUCCGUGGAGCUCUACUCUCAGGUGUUGCUGCAGGGCUGUCGAAGUGUGGAGUUGGACUGCUGGGAUGGAGACGAUGGCCUGCCAGUCAUCUACCAUGGCCACACCCUCACCACCAAAAUCUCCUUUAAGGAAGUGGUGGAGGCGAUAAACCGCACGGCGUUUGUCAACUCCGAGAUGCCGGUGAUCCUGUCCAUCGAGAAUCACUGCUCCUUACCUCAGCAGCGCAAGAUGGCAGAAAUCUUCAAGACCGUGUUUGGGGAGAAGCUGGUGACCCGUUUCCUGUUUGAGAGCGAUUUCUCGGACGACCCUCUGCUGCCCUCCCCGCUGCAGCUCAAGGGCAAGAUCCUGCUGAAGAACAAGAAGCUCAAGGCCCACCAGGCACCCGUGGACAUCCUCAAACAGAAGGCCCAUCAGCUGGCUCAGCUGGGCAUGCAGGCUCAGGCCAGUAACGGCACCUCCACCACCAGCAGCAGCAGCAGCAGCGGCGGCCCCCUGGGCAACACCCCAGAGGAAGAGGAGGAGGAGGAAGAUGAGUACGACUAUGACUACGAGUCCCUGUCCGAUGACAACAUCCUGGACGAUAAGGCGGAGGGCCGGCCGGCGGGGGACAAGGCGCCGGGCGAGGCCACGGAGGAGGUGCGGGAGAAGAGGGUCCGCAAGGCUGACAGCAGCCACAGCAAGGGCAAGCAGGUGUAUGAUCUAGAGCUGGGGGAGGAGUUCUAUCUGCCGCAGAAUAAGAAGGAGAGUCGGCAGAUCGCCCAGGAGCUCUCCGAUCUCAUCAUCUACUGCCAGGCCGUCAAAUUCCCAGGCCUGUCGUCGCUGUCUCCCAUGGGCUCCAGCAGGGGGAAGGAGAGGAAGAGUAGGAAGUCCAUCUUUGGGAAUCAGCCCAUGACCGCUCCACGGCCUUCUGGGAAAGGCAUGUCUGAGUGCAGCUCUCGCUCCAGUGGUGGCGAGGACUCACCUCAGCUACCUCAACAUCAUCAUCAUCAUCAUCAUCAUCAUCAUCAUCAACAACAGCAGCCGCAGCCACCGUCCUCCUCCUCCUCCUCUUCCUCCCCCAGCCAGUGCCCCUCUCUUCCUCCCCUCGCCGCCCCGCUACACACCCCCCCUCCGCCGGCCGCCGCCGCCGCCGCCGCCCCUCCCCCGCCGGCCUCGCUGAGCUCCAUCAUCCGCACGCCGCGCUGCUACCACAUCUCGUCGGUGAACGAGAACGCGGCCAAGCGGCUGUGCCGCCGCCACUCGCGGGCGCUGCUCCAGCACACGGGCGCCCAGCUGCUGCGCACCUACCCCGCCGCCACGCGCAUCGACUCGGCCAACUUCAACCCCCUGCCCUUCUGGCUGCACGGCAUCCAGCUGGUGGCCCUCAACUACCAGACCGACGAUCUGCCCAUGCAGUUGAACGCGGCGCUGUUCGAGGCCAACGGGCACUGUGGCUACGUGCUGAAGCCGCCGGUGCUGUGGGAGCGCUGCUGCCCCCUCUACCAGAACUUCUGCCCCAUGGAGCGGGACACGGAGGGCAUGGAGCCCACCACCUACACCAUCACGGUGGUGUCGGGUCAGAACGUGUGCCCGGGCAACACGGCGGGCAGCCCGUGCGUGGAGCUGGAGGUGUUGGGCGCGCCCUGCGACUGCGUCCACUACCGCACCAAGCCCAUCCACCGCAACCCGCUCAACCCCAUGUGGAGCGAGAGCUUCGCGCUGCCCGUCCACUGCGAGGACGCCGCCUUCCUGCGGCUGGCCGUGGUGGAGAACAACAGCUCGCAGGUCACCGCCCAGCGUAUCCUGCCGCUCCACGCGCUCAAGACCGGCUACAGGCACUUGACCCUGAGGAACCAGCACAACGAGUCCCUGGAGGUCACCAGCCUCUUCAUCUUCAGCCGCAGAGUGGAGGAGAGCGCCGCUGCUGCCGCAGUACCUGGUGUCACCACAGGGGGCGCUGUGUCCUCGGUCUCCAGUGGAGGCCUGGUUCCUGGGCUCCCUGCUGCUAUGCUGUUCAGCACUGAGGAGCGGCGCGCUGCUGUCCACUACAAGGUGACGGUUCACGGAGCGCCAGGGGCCGAGGCCUUCACCGUGGUGACCGUGAGGGAACACACCACCGCCAAACAGACCAUACGCAUGCUUCUGGCCAGUUCCCCGGCAGGGGACAACACCGACUCUGAUUCGGACUCGGACUCCAGCGCGGGCUACUUCCUGUCUGAGGAGAGGGUUCCUCUGUCCAAGGAGAAGGGUGACUGCAGGAGGCUGUCUCGCUGGCGCCCCCUAGCGCCUGAAGAGGAGGUGGUGCGGGUGGUGAACAGCUGGCCCCCAGAGGAGGGAUGCAUCGGGAGACUGUGGCUCAGAACUCAGGAGGAGGAGCUGAAUGAGAAGAACGGGGAGGUGGAGGGAUCCCAGGAGGUGCGGAGCGGAGAGGAGGAGAUGUUUUUCGUGCAGGUGCACGAUGUCUCGCCCGAGCAGCCGCACACGGUCAUCAAAGCACCGCGCCACAGCACGGCUCAGGACAUCAUCCGCCACGCUCUGAGCAAGGCCAAGUACUCGUACAGCAUCCUGAGCAACCCCAACCCCGGGGACUACGUGCUCCUGGAGGAGGUGAGCAAGGAGGCGGGGGGCAAGAAGGCAGCCGGGGGCAAAGCCAGCCAGCGCGUGCUGCCCGAGAACGAGUGUGUGUACCAGACCCAGAGCCACUGGAGAGGAGCCGGCCGCUUCAUCCUCAAGCUCAAAGAACAGGUGCGUGAGGACAAGCGUAAGGGUCUGUCUCUUGCGAGCGAGUUUUGGAAGCUGACGGGCCGCAGCCGGAGCCUGGCUCAGGAGAGCAGCAGCAGCAACGCCCCCUACAGUGUGCUCCCAGAGCAGCUGAGGGUGUGGAUCAACACCGGGGGCUGGUCAAAGGGGCCGGCCUCCGCGCUGCCCACCAAUCGCAGGCUCCCUGUGAGCGGCCCAGGCCCCUCCCCCUGGUCCCUCCCGCUGCUGUGGAACUGGAAGCUGCACAAAUGAGCUCUGCCCUCGCCCGGCCAAUCACAUUGCAUAUUUGUUUCCUUGAUGUCGCCGACGGCAACAGCAGGCUGGGUGAUGCAGUCUCCAGCUGUGAGGGAUGCUCCAGUUGUGGCUCGGAACUGGCUGUACCGCAAAGCCAGAGUGAGUUGUCGAACUCCGGAAAUGCACAUCGGGUGAUUCUCUUCGCCGCCGGUGGCAUCUGAAGAGCAAGGGUCAAGGGUCAAAGUUGACGGCGACUCCUUCAGCGGGACAGUUCUCGUCCCCUCGCAGUCAAUGGCUCCACCAAUCAAAUGGCUGGGAUUUCUUGAUUUGCUUUGUAGCUCCUGCUUCGUCACACUGCUGUCAUUUCACAAGCCACACCCACCCCAUGAAGUUUCUGGGUCGUCUGUUUGACGUGCGAGCCAUAUACCAGCUGACCGGACUCCUGUCCAGUUUCGGCUACCGUCGGAAUUUCCUGACUUUCUGAUCUUCUUUGUCAGUAAUGCCCAGUGCUUUGCAAUGGGAUUACUCUAUGUUAAAGGUCUGUAUAUUAACUUUUGAAGUCAAAUAUUUAAAAAAUGUCAAUGUAUCUGGUCCCGGUUGAGGAUACUGAGUAUUUAAGUGAAUCAAGUUGGAAUAGAUUGUGUGGGAUGAGAUGUCAGUGUUUAAUACUGUGAGUGCUUUUUGCACAAAAUUGAUGAGUGAUACCGAAAUCUUUUAGGUUACUCCAGUUUUGGUUAAAAUUAUAUUUGAUGAAUUCAAAAAUUGCUUAUUUCAUUGUCAGUGAGGAUUGUGCUGGCAUCCAUGAGCAUUGUUGCACCUUUGAACAAGCGAUUUAUUUAAAUGGAAAGAAGAGAAAAAAUAUUCCAUUUCCAUUAUUGAAAUAUUCAAUUCACUUUUAAAAAUGUCCUCAAAGUAAUUCUGAACUUUUCCUGUGAAGUGUUCUUUUAUCGUUUUGAUACAGGUAUGUUUGAAGGAUAUAAUUUGAAUCACUUUGCUGUCUAAUAGUAUUUCAUAUGAAUAAGAGGCUAAGUUGGUUAGAUAACAUUCUUGAAUGCACGAGAGCACAAGAAAAGAUAGCAGUGAUUGGAAAAGGAUAACAGUGAAUAUAUAUUUAUAUAUACUGUAUAUAUAUGUGAUGUUUUAAGUGGGUCCAACGAAAGUUAGACAGAAACAUGGUCAGUUCAAAUAUAAGAUUAUAGCCAUGAGGAUGGCCUCUUUCAUUUUCAUGGCCACUAUGUACUUUCCUGUUUUGUUUCUUAAGAUUUUAUUUUAUUUUGUGAUGUCCAUUUUAGGAUAAGCAAGCACAGCUUAUUUCUGUUUAUGGUUUUUAUCUGUCCCCUGUCUUUUGUUUGUGUUCUUUGUCUUAUGAUUUCCAAAUGCGUAUGUAUUUUAAUUUGUACACUUAAGUCUAGUCGGAUGGUCUCAGGAACACCUGAGAUCGCUUUGUAGAAGGUCUAGAAGAAUCACAAGCACUUUGGUCACAUGAUCUUGCCUUUCAUUUUGGUCACGUGACACAAUCAUGUCGUAAUUCGUUGUAAACUGGUCAGUGAUCAGACACUAUAGAAAGUGCUGAAAUAAAUAAUGGCAAACGCCAGGGUCAUAUCAUAACCGAUGAUUAUACCGCAGUGCUUGUACUUCAGAUGUAAAUAGCAGAUUGGCUGCUUAAUUUAGCAACACGUUGCUCUUGUAUGUUAUAUUUAUAAGUAUCAUUUUUUUAUUAUCAUGUAAAACCAACCAAUGACCAAGAGCUGCUUUGAGAAGGGCUCUGAUGGUGAAGGAGGUUUCCAUUUUUUCCUUUCCAAAUUUCUUUCUUUCAGGUGUUAUACACUACCACAGCAAAACAGUUUUGCUACUUUAAAUAUUUAUUUCUUGUUUUUGCCCAGGUUGGCUUUUGUCAUGUUUUAUAGCUGUUCACAGUGUAAAACCGUUGGAAAGUAAUGUGUAACUUUAUUUAUUUUUCUACUUUUUAGUGGAUCCCUGCAUUCACCUGUUGAAAGAGUGGCAUCGCUCCGCUCUUUGUCUUUUGUACUCGUUUUAAAGUAAUAAAUACUAUGAAACUAUCAGUGGAGAAAUACUCAACAUUUCAUGUAGACGCUCCGAGACACAGGGCUGAUGUAUACUGAAGUGUUACGAGAUUUUUUUUAUUUAAAGCUAAUUAGCCUCUGCCUUUAAAGUUCAUGUAUUUGAGAUAUUUAAUAUCAUUUCACUGUAUCGAGAGCUUAGUGGACCAGCUACAUACAGUAAUUCAGUGUGUGUGUGUGUGUGUUAUGUGCUGACGAGGUUGGGGCACUUGUACGUUCAUCCUGUGAAUGUUCUUUUUAUUUGUUGUUCCUGUGCUGUCAACUGUUUUGACUACUUUCCCCAUUUACUUGAAACAUUUAUUGAACAGCUCGAUUAAUUAAAAGCAGUUACGAACUAGAAAUAAAAUGGUUG